GGCGUAGCAUGAGAUUUUUCUUAUCCAAUCGAUAGCCUACUUAACCGUUCUCUCCUUUCACACUUUCAGACGUUAACAGAAUCUUACAAAAAUCAAAAAGAAACAACAGAGUUUUGUUACACAUUCACACUUUCAUUUUGUUCACAUUUCUUUCUCAACCUAAUCUUCUUCCUCUAAACUAAGCAACUAAUGGAAGCUAUUCACAGAGAAAAACUCUUCUCACUCUCAAAUUCCGUGAAGCUGUUGUUAGCCAAGAUCGGUUCUACCGAGCUCGUCGACAGCUUCCGGAAGACGAAGCUCGACGCCUUACUCUUGACAAAGCUGAAAAGAAGAUUAACAAGGAUCGUAGUUCUACUCAACGAUGACGCCGUUUUCAACGAAUGGUUCGAUAUGGUGAGAGAUGCUGUCUUUGAACUCGAAAGUUUGUUCGACGAAAUCAACACCGAGGCAUUGCGACGCAAAGUGGAAGCAGAGUAUAAAACCCUAACUCCUUCUUCUACUUCCCUUUCUCAAGUGCUAAAAUAUUCUAUUUAUUCUCCUUUCAAACCUUUCAAACGGUUUAAUAAAGUGAUUAAGUCGAAAUUGCUGAAAUCAAUUGAAAGAUUAGAGUUAUUGAGUUCAGGAAGUGGAGAGAAAGGUAAAUUAGGUGUUCCCAAUUCGAACGGUGUUUGGCUCGAAACUCCGGAAAUUGAAAAUUCUGAUGUGCUUGAUGAGAAUUUUAUUUAUGGAAGAGAUAGUGAUAUAAGCAAACUUAAAAGUUUUUUGUUGUCAGAAGAUGAUGAUGCUAGUGAGGGUGAUUGUAAAGUAAGAAUGAUUUCCAUUGUAGGUAUGGGAGGGAUUGGUAAAACUGCCCUUGCUAAACUCCUUUACAAUGAUCCGCAAGUUAAGGAGAAAUUUGGAUUGAGAGGGUGGGCGCUUGUUUCGAAAGAUUUUGUUGUUUUCAAGGUUUUGGAAGCCUUUCUUAAUUCUAUCGAUUCACGGGAUAUCAGGAAUGAUGAGGUGAAUCGGGAAGUUAUUGAAUUUGCUAACACAAAGAGAAAUGAGCCUGGUGACCUUUACGCGAAUCUUGUAUUACUGAUGUUCAAGAAAAUUAUUAGCAAUAACUUGUUUUUGCUUGUAUUGGAUAAUGUGUGGGGUGCGGAAUCUGUCAAUUGGACACAUUUGAUGAACAUAUUUAAUGUUGGGGAAAAGGGAAGCAGGAUCAUCGUCACAACACGGGAUGAAAGAAUUGCACUAUCCAAGGAAACUUUUCUUUCUGUCCACUACUUGAAACCUUUGACAAAUGAAGAUUGCUGGUUUUUACUUGCUAGAAAUGCAUUUGGAGCAUGUGAAGAUCCACAACAGUCCAAUCUAGAAGAAAUUGGCAAAGAAAUUGCAAAAAAAUGUUACGGGUUACCAUUUCUUGCGGUGGCACUUGGGGAUUUUCUACGCAACAAAUUGUCCCCAGAUUAUUGGAAUUAUGUGCUAGAAAGUAACAUUUGGGAAUUGACAGAUCAUGACGUGCAACCUUUUCUACAAUUGAGCUACAAUUAUCUUCCGACUCCUUUGAAACGAUGUUUUGCAUAUUUUUCAAUUUUUCCAAAGAAGUCCAUCAUAGAAAAAAAUAUGGUAGUUCAGUUGUGGAUUGCAGAAGGCUUAGUAGAAUCGUCUACAGACUCUACAGAUCCAGAAAAAGUUGGAGAGGAAUACUUUGAUGUACUAGUGUCAAGAUCGUUGAUACAUCGACGAUCUAUUGGUGAUGAGGAAGCAACCUUUGAAAUGCACGAUGUCUUUCAUGAUUUAGCUAUUGAGGUUUCAUCUCCAUAUUGUAUACAUUUGGAUGACCAUAACCUACAUGAUGCGGUGCAUAACUUAUCAUACAACAGAGGGAUAUAUGACUCGCAUGAUAAAUUUGAUAAGUUGUAUGGAUUAAAAAGUCUACGUACCUUUCUAGCAUUACCAUUACAAGAACAAUCGCCUCUUUGUUUGCUAUCAAACAAGGUAGUAGAAGACUUGCUGCCAACAAUGAAACAAUUACGCGUCUUGUCUUUUUCGAACUACAAGAGUAUCACUGAGGUUCCUAACUCUAUUGGAAAUUUGUUAUACCUGCAGUACUUAAAUCUUUCUCACACUAAGAUUGAAAGAUUGCCUUCUGAGACAUGCAAGCUUUACAAUUUGCAGUUUUUGUUGUUGGCAGGCUGUAAAAGGUUAACUGAAUUGCCAGAGGACAUAGGAAAAUUGGUUAAUCUGCGGCACCUUGACGUUAGUGACACUGCAUUGAGGGAGAUGCCCGUACAAAUAGCCAAACUAGAGAAUCUCCACACUUUAUCUGACUUCGCUGUAAGCAAACAUAAUGAUGGAUUAAAGGUUUCAGAGUUGGGAAAAUUUCCCCACCUCCAUGGAAAACUUUCCAUCUCACAACUACAGAAUGUUAAUGACCCCUCUGAAGUAGAUCAAGCCAAUUUAAAGAUGAAAGAACUAAUAGACAAAUUAGCUUUGGAAUGGGACUAUGGUAAUACUUUUCCAGAUUCACAAAUUAAAAGUGUUAUACUUGAACAUUUGCAACCCUCAACAAAUUUGAAAAGUCUCACCAUCAAAGGCUAUGGUGGAAUCAACUUUCCAAAUUGGCUGGGUGAUUCUUCAUUUAGAAACAUGGUGUAUUUAAGAAUCUCGAAUUGUAAUGAUUGUCUAUGGCUUCCACCCCUUGGACAAUUGAGUAAUUUGAAAGAACUCAUUAUUGAAGGGAUGCAAUCAGUAGGGACAAUUGGUAUUGAAUUCUAUGGAAGUGGUGGUUCUUCAUUUCAACCAUUUCCCUCUUUGGAGAAUCUACACUUUGAGAAUAUGCAAGAGUGGGAGGAAUGGGACUUGAUUAGAGGUACGACUACAACGUUUCCUAGUCUUAAAACUUUAUCGCUUAGUAAGUGCCCAAAACUGAUUGUAGGAAACAUAGCUGACAAAUUUCCUUCCUUAACUAAACUUGAGUUAAGUGAAUGUCCUUUACUGGUGCAAUCAAUGCCAUUAUCUGAUCGUGUAUUCAGGCAACUGAUGUUCCCUUUGAAUUCUCUUCAACAGCUGACCAUAGAGGGCAUUCCAUCUUCCAUGUCUUUUCCAUCAAACGGUCUACCAAAAACCUUGAAAUUUCUCAUAAUCAGUAAUUGUGAAAAUCUAGAGUUCCUUCCUCAUGAUUACUUGUCCAAUUACACAUCGCUUGAGGAACUGAAAAUAUCUUAUAGCUGCAAUUCAAUGACAUCAUUUGCCUUGGGUGCUCUCCCUGUACUGAAGAGUCUAUUUAUUGAGGGUUGUAAAAAUCUGAAAUCAAUAUUAAUUGCAGAAGAUACGUCACUGAAGUGUCUCUCAUUUCUUAGAAGCAUCAAAAUAUGGGAUUGUACUGAACUGGAGUCAUUUCCCCCAGGUGGAUUGGCCACUCCAAACCUUGUUUAUUUUGCAGUGUGGAAGUGUGAGAAGCUUCCUUCACUACCAGAAGCGAUGCACACUCUAACUAACCUUCAAGAAAUGGAAGUUGAUAAUCUACCAAAUCUUCAAUCUUUUGUCAUAGAUGAUUUACCUAGCAGUUUGCAAGAACUGACUGUUGGCUCUGUUGGAGGGAUCAUGUGGAAUACUAAGCCAACUUGGGAGCAUCUCACUUGUCUUUCAGUGUUGCGAAUUAACGACGACAAUACAGUGACCACGCUGAUGGGGCCAUUUCUACCUUCAUCUCUUGUGACACUAUGCAUUUGUGGUCUUGGUGAUACAAGCUUUGAGGGGAAGUGGCUUCAACAUCUCGAUUAUCUCCAAAAUCUUGAGAUUGUUAACGCUCCCAAACUUAAGACUUUGCCAAAAAAAGGAUUGCCUUCAUCUCUUUUAGUACUAAGUAUAACUCGUUGUCCAUUACUAGAAGCAAGUUUGCGGAGGAAGCGAGGGAGGGAGUGGCGUAAGAUUGCUCACAUUCCGGCUAUAAUUAUCGAUGACGAACUGAUCACAUAAGUUUCAUGUCUAGAUCAGCCAAAGGCUUCAAGUGGGAUUGCUGGCUUGCAACAAGAUGGCAGCAGUGAAAUCUAAGGAUUCGAAAAAGGAGAUGAUUGUUGAAGUAACUACGAUGGGCAGCAAUUAUCUAUCAGACUUGAUUUCACAGCAACUGCUGGCCACGACAUACGAAACAACAACGUUAAUAAUAUGCAUCUUAUUUGUCUUCAGCAGAUUUCUGUCCCGCAGCUAGUUCAAUGAAAAAAUUUGGCCCUAAAUGGUGAAGUGAUUUGAAAUGGUAUGCACUCAACUUGGGUGACUAGCAAGUUCACAUUGUUAAUUCCAGUAGAUACUACGCCAUCACUGUUGCCACUCUUGUUCCUUUUUAUUCGUCGAUGCGUGUACUGUUAUGGUUCCUUCACACUCAACAGAACUAGUAACCUGGUUCUGUUUAGAGGACAUGUUUAGAUGGAUUUGAAGGCACUAGUGACAGUAAUGUCAUACAAGGAGCGAUAACCGACUACAUAUCUUCUCUUUUCUAGCCAUGUCCAUGUUGACAAUGUCUAUUUGUUAGAAUGUUUUGGCACAUUAAAAUGAUAGAUUUUGGUGAAUUUGAAAUUAAAAUGUAUUAAAAGCUUGAAGGAAAGAGAAUCACAAUGUAGUCUUAUAUGUUACUUAAAUCUUAUUUUUGAAAAAUUGGUCUUUUAUUCAAUAAUGAUUAGGUUUCUACAAUUAAUGUUUAUAUACUUUUUAAUACCUGAAUGUAAAAUAAUAAUUAUCAUCAACAUGUUAAGUCAAUUUUUCUUUGUUUUUAAGUGAACUUCUCUUAUUGAUCAUAUAUUCAUAUGUAUAUGGUGAUGGUACUGUAUGAUCAGAAUAGAUGCUUGUGUUUAUUUUAUUUAUAAUUUAAUAGUUACACGAAAAUAGCUUGAGACAUAUAGGAGGCUGCAUUAUUUAUUUUUUUCUUUUGGAGGGGCUAAAACUUAAGAUGAUGAGAUGGUGCCGGAUCCAAGACUGAGAAGAUCUUAGAGUUUAAAGAGCAUUUAUUAAUGUAUUUAGAAAAUUUUUCAACUCAUCUCCUUCAAUUUUUUAAAGACUUCCCAAAAGCUUCAAAUUGAUUUUUUUUUAAAGAAAAUGCUAUUUAGUACCAAAGAAUUUA